CCGAAGUGUCAGAUGUAUCAUCAAUGAAGGAAACUGAUUAUUCUAGUGAAUCAGAUUUUGAUGGGUUUGAUACUUCGAUUGAUGAUAAACAAGCUGAUCGAAUUAACUGCUUGGACCAGUACAUUCUCAAUGCGGAAGGGCAUGUGUUGUCAAAUAAUGUAAAUUCAUCGCUAGUAAGGAUAAUCACAGAUGUUAUUACAAACGAAAUGGAAACACAACGACCCAUUAAUGAUAGUAACGAUGAAGAUGUAUCUAUGCCCGAGGAAAAAGUACCACGGAUCGAUGAGAAUGCGAAUGAUACUGAAACAAUCAGUAGUCUAGAACCUACAGAGUUUAACGACUUCCAGUCCGAGAAUUCUUUCAAUGCGACUAAAAAUCCUUUGAAAUUUAUGCCUGGGCUUGAAACAUCAGAUGCCCUGUUUAUCAUCUUAAAUUUUUACAUUAGGCAUAGACUCACUCAGGAGGCUUUGGUAGAUUUACUCAAGCUGCUCAAUAUUAUUACUGGAGUGAAAAAUUUCCCGGAAAAUUUUGAAACAUUCUCAAAUGCAUUUCCUGAUCCGUACGACACUUUUCGAGUAUACUUUUGUGCAAAUUGCCAAUGUGAAGUUGGAAGCCAAGCCCCCCCUAAGGGUAUCAUUUGCUCUGUUCCUGGAUGUAAUUCCAUGAAUUUUGAUUUUUUUGUGGUAUUACCUAUCGAAAAGCAACUACAAGAAACGGUUCGAAAAUAUAAAGUGGAGAUAGAAGAAUACGAACAAUCAGUUCAUAAAGAGAAUAUAGCUGACAUCAGUCGAGGAUCAAUGUGUCGCAAACUGACCACUGAAGGCGAUAAAUACAUUUCUCUCUCUGUAAACACGGAUGGUGCAGCAGCUUACCGAUGGACAAUAAAUAAACCGUGUUAUCCCAUUUUUCUUGUGAUAAACAAUUUGCCCCCUCGGCUACGUUUCAGCAAGCACAACAUUAUUUUAGCUGCAAUUUGGCUGUCCAAAGGAGAUCCGAACAUGUGUCUCUUUUUCAAACAUUUCUGUAAAGAAACCAGGCGUUUGAGACAUGGAAUGGAAGUUGAUUCAAUUUAUUAUAAAGUUAUAUUACUACAAGCUUGUCUGGAUACAAUCGCUAGGCCAAAGGUUCAGGGAACAAUCCAAUUUAACGGCAAAUUCGGUUGUUCAACAUGUCUGCACAGCGGUAAACUGACGAACGGGAAUCAGAUACGGUAUCCCUUCCAACACUCGAAGCAGAGGGAGUCCGUUGAAACCCAAAGGUUGAUGAUGGAAGUUCAUGAAACAGGUGUACCAAAAUAUGGUAUCAAAGGUCUUUCUGUUCUGAUGUUCGUACCAGACUUUGAUGUAAUACAUGGUAAAGUUAAUGUAACACGAAAUACUUGACUUAAGUAAUUUAUUCGACAUUUAUUUUAGGUUUUCC